ACAAAUUUUGGAUGGCGGAAGUUCAGAGGCUUAUUUCCAUGAUUCGGUGCCCCAGAUACCGGGUGGUGUGCUUGUGGAGGAGAAAAUGAAUCGUCGGUCGAAGAAAAGAGAAGUUUGGGCAAGUUCAAAUUAUUUAUAAGUUUGCCACCGAUCCUCUCCAAAAUUUUACAAACCUUCUUAAAACCUCUUUGGUUUUUAAAAACAGAAAAUGAUUUUCAGUUUUACAAACAAAAAUUGGAAAAUUUGUAGUGAUUGACGUGUGUCUAGGGGUAGAAGAGAGAAUAUUGGAACCCGCAGGUCAAUUUCUUGACCAGUCAGUGAGACUGUCAAUGGAGUUGGUGAGCCCACACACAACCGACUCGAAAGUGUUGGAAAACUUAUUUAUUGUUGUUGUUGUUCUGUCUGAUUACAGAGUAGAUAAUCCAGACUUUCUAUCAGCUACCUUUGAAUUUCUCCAAUCAAAUUCAGAUCCAGAACACAGAAAGGAUCAUUGCUUACAGUUCGGAAUUUUGUUCAAUACAGAUAGUAGUAGUAGUUGUUGUUGUUGUACAAGUUAAAUGGGAUCGAGUCAAUGGUUGAUGGAUAAACGAUUGAGUGUCAGAAGCGAUUCGUUCGCUAGAGAGUACGAGACUGUCCCCGAAACUGGCUGUCUAUCCAUUAUUGUUCUUGGUGCCUCUGGUGAUCUAGCCAAGAAGAAGACUUUUCCUGCACUCUUCAAUCUCUACCGCCAGGGAUUUCUACAGUCCAAUGAAGUUCACAUUUUUGGCUAUGCAAGGACUAAGAUUUCAGAUGAUGAGCUCAGAAAUCGCAUUCGAGGAUAUCUUGCUGCUGGCAAAAAUGCUUCAAAUAGCCACUUGGAAGAUCUAUCAAAGUUCUUGCAACUGAUUAAAUAUGUAAGUGGUUCUUAUGAUGCCGAAGAAGGGUUUCAGCUAUUGGAUAAGGAAAUUUCACAACAUGAAUUCUCCAAAAAUACAAAAGAAGGCUCGUCUCGGAGACUCUUUUAUCUUGCACUGCCGCCAUCGGUAUAUCCAUCUGUCUGCAAGAUGAUUAAACAAUGUUGCAUGAAUAAAUCUGAUCUUGGUGGAUGGACUCGAAUUGUUGUUGAGAAGCCUUUUGGGAAGGAUUUGGGGUCGGCAGAGCAACUCAGUUAUGAGAUUGGAGAAUUGUUCGAUGAAUCACAAAUUUACCGUAUUGAUCACUACUUGGGAAAGGAACUGGUGCAGAACUUGUUGGUUAUUCGUUUUGCCAAUCGCUUCUUCUUACCCCUUUGGAAUCGUGACAACAUUGACAAUGUACAGAUUGUCUUCAGGGAGGAUUUUGGAACUGAAGGUCGUGGUGGGUACUUUGAUGAAUAUGGAAUUAUUCGUGAUAUCAUUCAAAAUCAUCUAAUGCAGGUUCUUUGUCUGGUUGCCAUGGAAAAGCCCAUAUCUCUCAAACCUCAGCACAUACGGGAUGAAAAAGUGAAGGUUCUUCAAUCAGUACUCCCAAUUAACAAUGAAGAGGUUGUUCUUGGACAAUAUGAAGGCUAUAGGAAUGAUCCAACAGUUCCUGACCACUCGAAUACCCCAACAUUUGCAACUGUUAUUCUGCGAAUACAUAAUGAAAGAUGGGAAGGUGUCCCUUUCAUACUUAAGGCAGGAAAAGCAUUAAAUUCCAGUAAGGCUGAGAUACGUGUUCAAUUUAAGGAUGUUCCUGGUGACAUAUUCAAAUGUAAGAAGCAAGGGAGAAAUGAGUUUGUAAUACGCCUACAACCUUUAGAAGCAAUGUACAUGAAGCUUACGGUGAAGCAGCCUGGAUUGGAGAUGCACACUGCACAAAGUGAACUCGACUUGUCAUACAGGCAACGUUAUCAAGGGAUUACUAUCCCAGAGGCUUAUGAACGUCUUAUCCUUGACACAAUAAGAGGCGAUCAGCAACAUUUUGUUCGCAGAGAUGAAUUGAAGGCGGCGUGGGACAUUUUCACGCCUCUGCUGCACAAAAUUGACAAGGGUGAGAUGAAGUCCACUACAUACCAACCGGGCAGUCGAGGUCCCGUGGAAGCUGAUGAACUGUUGGCAAAAGCUGGUUAUGUUCAAACACAUGGCUAUAUAUGGAUUCCUCCAACCUUAUAGAAAGGUGCCAUGCUUGGAGAAAUAAUUUUCCCUACAGUUCGGGGUUUGGAGAACCGCGUGCAACAGAUAUGUUGUUUAUAGGCUAUGUAAUAACUUCCUGUCCCGUUUGUAGCGUGCUCAACCUCGAUACUCUUUCAGGUUUUGUGAUUUUCCCCACUUAGCAAUAAGAAUCUGGUGUGGUUUGCAUCACAAACACGCAAUGAAUAAAUUGUCACAAGCCAGAAUCAGUAUUGUUGUGGUUUCUAGC